ACCUUAUCUUCCGAAGCUUGACGGGGCCGCCGCAUUUGCCGUGGUAUAUAGCCCAGUUUCGAUUCCGCACGCAUGGUGACGAAGUCCACUUGCCCAGACCGCGAUUCAAUGGCCAACAGCGGUGGGUCCAUCAUGAUCUGUCGCAACAAACACUAUCCUUACAUAGCAAGCUAUCAUGGCCCUUGGCUAUCUCUUCCUCUUGAGCUACUACAGUCAUUGUUCGCCCUUAAUAGUGACACCGCUGCCGAACACCCAAUUGACCCCGUUACUUUUCGCCACUUGAUAACUAUAAGAACUUUAGUGGACGACGCAUCCGAGCUGGUGAUCAAAGCCGCAGGGGGACUGGUGCGGAGUCAGCCGGGGUCUCGAGAUUAUUCCCCAGCGCCCACUCGCAUGUCAUCAAUACGACAGCACCGCCUUCGUGAAUUGGCGGUCACAAAGCUUGCCGCGGCAUAUCGAUGCGACGAGAUAGCGACAAGUGUGCUGACGAUGCAAAGUGCGAGCUCAUUAGAUGAUGUAGCUGCAAAGGUGUUGAAGCGUGAUCCGAACAAUUUGGAUGCGAUGUACGUUCACCACUUCCACGAAAAAAUACCGUCGAGGAAGCUGGCAUCAUUCACACACCCGCAAGUUUUGGAUACUUUGAUUGCGGCAUCUCCCACCGCUGCUGAGUAUUAUCGAACUCGUGCCAUGAUCCACUGCUUUCGAGAAGAAUUCCCCUUGGCGCUCCGAGAUUUUAAGUCAGCAAUAAACCUCAUUAAGAAAAGAAAGCGCAAUGUGAAUGGAGUAGAUUGCGAGGCUUUGGUGCAUGGUGGAAACAGCUCAAAACAUACGCUACUUCUGGAUACAGAGUCCCAGGAGAGUUGUAGCGAGGCCAUUCUGUACUUUCUGCGGGCUGCGUGCUUUCAUCAAUAUGCAAUAUAUCUGCUUGAUAAAGCGCUCACCAAAGUGGAGGAUGCAGCUACAGCCGACAUCCGGAAAAAGAAACGAAGCAAGAAGAAGAAAGCGAGGACAAUGUCGGAAGACAUCGCAUAUGAUGGACCGGAUACCGCAGCCUGCGAGGAGGCUGGCAUACCUAUCGACGUAACCUGCUCCCUUCGUAACGACAAGCAGUCACUGUCAAAUCCCUAUUGGUCGGCCCUGGAGCCACAUUCUCAGCAAAUCGAGAAUCUGAUCCGUCGGAGUACGCGUGACUAUCAUCACUUUCUGGGUUUCUUCCCAAGCACGCUUCAUGCGUUUGAGAACGUGCAGGAACCCGGUGCUGACUCACCGUCUUCAGUAACGAGUUUGCCGUCUCUUGAUGGUCCUAUCAUUUCUGGCGUGCCGGAUUUUCUCAAGUCCGUGUCGACGAAAGCGACCUCGAAAAUGGCUCCAAACUCGGUAUGCCGGAGGAGCAUUUCGAGUAGCUUACCUGGCACUGUAGCAUCGACAGACGCCGAUGAUGCUGAACACAUUGGUUCGGAUACACUUCCAGAAUCUCUAAGUGCACUCGGCACAUACCAUCCCCUGCUACUUGAAGCAUGGUUCUCCAUCGGCAUUAAUUACCUAAUCCUCCGCGAUUGGCGAACGGCAGCUGUAUGGCAUGAACGGACAGUGCGCGCUCAAGAACAGGUAGAAGGAUACCCCGUUUUUCUUCCCGCCCGUAGUAUGAGUCAGGCGGACUAUGUGGAGAUACUGGCCUUACUGAGGAAGGCAAUGAGGGAGCGAUCGUCGGGUACUGGGGAGAGGGGCUCGACGUUGUCCGGGCUUCUCCAAAAUCAGCGGGAAGGGAGCGGCAAAGCUUCCCCGAUGCAUGUUGGAGCAGAGGACGAGGCAGAAGACGAUGCAGAAGUUGUUGGUGACUGCGAUUCAGAUUCGCAAGACGGCGAACCGAAUUCCCUCAUGCCGAUGUGUGACUGUUCUCAUCAAUCUGCAUCCACAGCUUCUUCUGAUGAAGCAUCAGGCGAGCCAAUGCCACCAACCUCCUCCACAAUGAAACAAUAUCCUUUACAUACCAAACGCGCCGAAACCGUGGUGAUGUGGAUUCAGGCAUCAUCGCACCCAAAUGGAUGCGCCGAUCACCGUCCAAUGGCCGUUUCAGCUGAAUAAGCUAUUACUUUAGUUAUUGUUAACUUGACCAUAAAACAUACGACAAAUAUAUUUACAUCAUCGAUCCUCUAUAUAAGAAAAUACACAACAAAUGAAUCGUACAAAGGAAA